AUGAUUCUAGGUUUAAAUGGAUAAAAUAAGGGUAAAUCAAAUCCUAAGCACAGGGAUAUUAUAAAAAAGGCUAUUGUUAAUUUAGAUGGUAAAUAGGAAAAGGGAGAAUAAUAAUCAGUUCGAAAGGAUAAUAAUAAUGUAGAACCAAAAAAAACAGAAAAAAAGCAGAAAAAGACUACACAAACCAAAAAGAAGAGUUAAAAAAAAUCAGAAUUACCAAAGUCUAAGAAAAUUAGAAAAUAAUGA